GGUGUCCGUGAAGGCAGCAUAAUCCGAGCCAGUCGCCGAGAAGCCAUUUUGGUCCCACCUAGAAUACACAGUCCAGCUUCACUUCGGGUCGUUGGAGAUGGAAGAAAUGGAACCGACGGCGAGUAAUUUAACGAACCAAAUCAUUUGAAGCUCCCCGGUGACAUCUACGGGAAGGCCAGAGACUGUAUCUUGUCGUUAGAAAGACUUUUUUGUGUGAGAAAACCCGGAUCUUUUUUUUUUUUUUUUUUUUAAGCGUCGUUAGCGUUAAUUUAGUUAGCCUCCCAGACUCCAGCCCAAACACAUACACAGGUUUUGUUUGUCCACUUUAAAACCGGGCCCGACAGAACACUAUUUUUUAACACACACAUUGCUAUUUAGUGGGGAUGUAUGUUUCCGGUUUCUUUAAAGUUAAAGGUGUUGUGUUCUAACACGUCCGGUUUGGUUUGAAAAUUGUCACGAUCCAUGUGGAGGCUGUUUAUCUGCACAGAGCUGCAAAGAAAUUCAGUUUGUCGCCUGUCGGAUUGAAGCAGGUGUCGAGGGAAUUCUUUUUUUGGACGUCAUAAAGCGAUUCGGCAGGAACGGGAACAUGUCAACAAAAACUCCUUUACCAAUAGUCAACGAGAAGGUAACGGAAAGUCACACAUCUCACAGCAGUGGUCAUCAAGAGAUCAGCACACGCUCAGGCAGGCCUGGUGUUCGAUCUCGCAGCUCUGACGAACCACAGCAGCCCCAUGUCGGCAAUUACCGCCUGCUCAAAACCAUUGGCAAGGGCAACUUUGCUAAGGUCAAACUGGCACGACACAUCCCCACAGGCAGAGAGGUGGCAAUUAAGAUAAUAGACAAGACACAGCUCAACCCAAACAGCCUUCAGAAGCUCUUCAGAGAAGUUAGAAUAAUGAAGAUUUUGAAUCAUCCCAAUAUAGUGAAGCUCUUUGAAGUGAUUGAGACAGGGAGAACGCUCUACCUAAUAAUGGAGUAUGCCAGCGGAGGAGAGGUCUUUGAUUACCUGGUUGCACAUGGAAGAAUGAAGGAAAAGGAGGCUAGGUCUAAAUUUAGACAGAUUGUAUCAGCAGUGCAGUAUUGCCAUCAGAAGCGCAUAGUUCACAGGGACCUCAAGGCUGAGAAUCUGCUCCUGGAUGGAGACAUGAAUAUUAAGAUAGCAGAUUUUGGUUUCAGCAAUGAGUUCACUGUGGGCAACAAGCUGGAUACAUUCUGUGGUUCCCCACCGUAUGCGGCGCCAGAGCUCUUCCAGGGGAAGAAGUACGACGGCCCGGAAGUGGAUGUUUGGAGUCUAGGCGUUAUACUGUACACACUGGUCAGUGGCUCGCUGCCUUUCGAUGGACAGAACCUCAAGGAGCUGCGGGAGCGAGUACUCAGGGGAAAGUACCGGAUCCCUUUCUACAUGUCCACUGAUUGCGAGAACCUCCUCAAACGCUUCCUGGUGCUCAACCCAGGCAAACGGGGUACUCUUGAGCAAAUUAUGACGGAUCGAUGGAUCAAUUCAGGAUUUGAAGAUGACGAACUCAAGCCGUAUGCUGAACCAGAGCUGGACAUCACGGAUCAGAAGAGAAUAGAUGUGAUGUUGGGGAUUGGCUACAACCUUGACCAGAUCCAGGAUUCUUUGGCCGAGAUGAAAUAUGAUGAGAUCAGCCACCUACCUGUUGCUGGCAGGAAAGCCUCUGAGAUGGAGCCCAGUGAGUCAGCGUCCAGCAGCAACUUGUCUCUGGCCAAGCAAAGACCCAACAGUGAGCUUAACGGCCAGCGCCCUCCCCACCUCAAGUCCAGAAGAAGUGUCUCAUCUAACCACAAGCAGAGAAAUCUGUCCUCUGUAGUUGGUCAGAAUGUACCCCCUGGAAUGACUCACCCCAAAAGGAGUCAAACCACCACAGCAGAGAACAGCGGGAAGGAGGAUGGCGGGCUCCAGUUACGCAAACCAAGCACUCCAGGAACUCGUGGCAUCCCCCCGUCCAGCCCUCUGCUGGGUAACGCAAAUAAUCCAAACAAGGCUGACAUCCCUGACCGCAAGAAAGGUGCAACCACCGGCCCAAGCAAUAUCACUGCAUCAGCGGGAAUGACCAGGAGAAACACCUAUGUUUGCAGUGACAGAAACAACACAGACCGUCUGUCUGUCAUUCCCAAUGGAAAAGAGAAUAGCAGUGCCGCCGUCUCCCCCAGUGGCCAGAGGAAUCCUGUAGCAUCCACCCACAGCAUCACCAAUGCCACUACACCUGACCGACUUCGCUUCCCACGUGGCACUGCCAGCCGCAGCACCUUCCAUGGGGGCCAGCUGAGAGACCGACGCACAGCCACUUACAAUGGUCCACCAGCCUCACCAACCCUUUCCCACGAUGCCACACCCUUCUCCCAGACCCGCAGCCGUGGAACCAGCAACCUUUUCUCCAAACUUACCUCCAAACUUACCCGCAGAAACAUGUCAUUCAGGUUUGCCAAAAGAGUCUCAUCCGAGUUUGAAAGAAACGGGAGACUUGAGGGCUCAAGUCGCCAUGUACCUGGGGAUCAAAAAGGGGAAAAUAAAGACGGUAAACCCCGCUCCCUCAGAUUCACUUGGAAUAUGAGGACCACCAGCUCCAUGGAGCCUUGUGAUAUCAUGCGGGAGAUUCGCAAGGUGCUCGAUGCCAACAACUGCGACUAUGAACAGCAAGAAAAUUUCUUGCUGCUUUGCGUCCAUGGGGAUGGACAUGCUGAAAACCUGGUCCAAUGGGAGAUGGAAGUUUGCAAGCUGCCCCGCCUCUCCCUGAAUGGAGUCAGAUUUAAAAGGAUAUCCGGAUCAUCCAUCGCUUUCAAAAACAUUGCUUCCAAAGUUGCCAACGAGUUAAAGCUAUGAACAAAAGGGUUUAAAAGUAUACAUAUAUAUAUAUCUAGAAGUAUUUAAGAUGUACAAUCACCCGAGUAACAGUUCCAAAUGUCUCCUUUUUGGCAUAAUCGCUAAAUUACUAAUAUCUCAGUCUAUUCUGGCCAAUGGGCUCGACAUUAACAAGUUGAAUAUUUGUUAUGCUGUGAAUGUGGACAAAAAGAGCAUUUCUAGACUUAUUUAUUUCUUUUUUCCUUCUCUUGGAAAUUGUGUAAUGUUUUGUUUUCAGUGUAAAUAAUCUUUCUUUCAGGACAGCUUCACUGCAAUAUUCUUUUUUUCUUUCUUUUGUAUUUUGUUAAUGUAGAGAUGUUGGAGAGUCUGUAAAUGCCCAAAUGGUUAUGAGGUCACUCCUGUCUCGAUUAAAGUGUCUGUCGACUUGA